AUGUCGUUGAUGGACUUCGGAUCUCUUGCCAUUCGAAUUCUAGCUUUGGUAAUAGAAUACUGUCACAUGAAGAAGGUUAUAUUGGAGUCGACGGUGUUGGUGAUAUCAAUUUUGGAUCUCGGAGAACAGGGAUUCGAGGCAGAUCUCGAGGAGAUAGGUUAUGAAGCUGAACCUGGCGAGGACGAGUCUAUUACCUCUAUCAGACACCUUACGUAUCUGAUGUACUACCUACUUAUUAAUGGUAGAAGCAUGGUUCGUCGAAAGAAAACAGACCCUAGUAAACAAGGAAAAUGGUCAGCGGAUGCCAUGAUUCGAGCAAUCGCUGCGAUCAAAAGUCGAAGAAUGAGUAUAAGAAAAGCUGCUAAAAGCCAUGGUAUUCCCAAAUCAACACUAGAAAGAAGAGUGAACGGGAAAGUUCAGAUAGAUGCUCCUCCAACAAGACCGCCUGUUUUCACCGAAGAACAAGAGUCACAGCUAGUUGAGUAUAUACUAGAAAUGGAAAAUUGCGGAUUUGGCCUGACUAUUCGUGACAUUUGCAAGCUUGCAUUUGAAUUUGCUGUUAAGUUAGAUGUAAAACACCGUUUCAAUGUAGAUAAACAGGAAGCCGGGUAUGAUUGGUAUGAGGGCUUCAUGCGCCGCCACAAACAGUUGGCGAUAAGGAAGCAAGAAGGCCUGUCUGCAGCACGUGCAAAAAUGCUUAAGCAGAACGUUGUAACGGCUUAUUUCAAGUUACUUAGUGGUACAAUAGAAAAAUGUAACUUGCACACAAAAGGUGAACAAAUAUAUAAUGUAGAUGAAACAGGUAUGAAUACAGUACAUCAACCAGCUAAAGUCAUUGGUCAGACGGGGAAAAAGAACAUCCACAGCAAAACAAGUGGAGAUAGAGGUGAAAAUGUCACUGCUGUUGUGUGUGCAAGUGCAUCUGGGCAUUUUAUUCCUCCCAUGAUUAUUUGUAAAGGGCAGAUACUGAAUAAAGGGUUAGUUUCCAAUGCACUUACCGACACACUGUUUGCCACAAGUAAAUCGUCUUUCACUGACAGGGACCUAUUUCAGGACUGGUUUGAGAACCACUUUUUGAAAUACCUUCCAUCUACACGUCCGGUACUCCUCAUACUUGACGGUCAUACUUCUCAUAUUGGUCUCCGAACUCUUACUCUAGCGAAGGAAAACAAGAUUGAGAUACUUUGUCUGCCACCACAUACAACAAGCAAGUUACAACCACUUGAUAAGUGUAUGUUUAAACCGCUCAAAGUAGAAUACAACUAG